AUAGCCAGAGGGCAGAAACACCCCUGACUCAGGCUUGACUAACACCCUGACCAGGUGCAGGGAUAUGAACUGACCGUGCUGGGCAGAGAGUGGUCCAUGAGUGGAGCUGGUCAAAGCUCAAGUCCUCAGGAAGGAGAAAGAUAUCUCCUUUGGGUGAGGACAGCCAGGCCACGUCUCAGCAAGCAGGAGUGUUGUGAAGAGCUUGGUUCUGGGCAGUGCCAGGAAGACUGGGGGGUGCAGAAGCAGCAGGGCCAGCCCAGCCCAUGUCCUGCCCCAGUCCUGGAAGGACAGAAGGAACAAGGCUUAUACCUGCUUGGCUGAGGUGCCAUGGCCAGACUCUGCCUGAGCCUGCUGCUCCUGGUGGCCACUGUGACCUUUGUGUCCAGAGGUGUCCACACCUGGGGCAGAUCGAAGGUGGUGAGGAAUUUCCAAGACAUCCCGGAAACUUACGUCUAUGUGCGGCAGGCACUGUGGCAUGCCAUGAAAGAGUAUAACAAGGCCAGCAAAGACAAGUACAACUUCAAGGUGGUGAAGGUCCUGAAAUCCCAGGAGCAGGUCACAGACAGUUUGGACUACUUUCUUGAAGUCAAAAUUGCCCGAACAAUGUGCAAGAAAAUUUCAGGAGAAAAUGAAAACUGCUUGUUACAACAGGAUCCCCAAAUGAAAAAGAUGGGUCUUGAGAGAAGUUACUAUGGCUAAUGUCGAAAAGGUAACUUCCCAUGUUCUCCUCUAGGAUUUUGAUGGAUUCCUGCCUCACAUUGAAGUCUUUCAUCUAUUUUGAGUUUAUCUUUGUGUAUGGUGUAAAAUGGUCCAGUUUCAUUUUUCUCUAUACAGCUGCCCAGUUUCCUCAGCACCACUUAUUGAAGGAACUGUCUCUUUUCCAUUGGAUAUUUUUUCCUGAUUUGUCAAAGAUUAGUUGACCAUAGAGUUGAGGGUUUAUCUUAAACCAUAUUCUGAUCAUAUUCAGGACCAAGGACAGCCAGGUUCUAGACAUAGCACACUGUUUCUAUAAGUUUUUGCUGAUAUCUCUCUCCUCUGCCAACACACACACAUGCACAUAGACACUUGGUGGCUUAAAACAACACCUGUUCAUUAUUUCUCACUGAUCUGCAAGCUGAACUGGAUUUUGCUGGACAGAUUUGCCUUGGCGAUCUUUUCAUAGAAGUUACUUCCAGUUUUUCUUUUUCAUGGUUGAAGGUACAUACACAAGUGUCUCUGUCUUUUGUAUUUUCUUCACCUAUUUGGUAUAUGCCUAAAGCUGGCAUGACACAUGGCUAAGCAAAAAUAAUGGCGGAUUAAUGAUUUCUUAAAAUCGCCCAGACAUGUGCAAGUAAAAUGCAUCUUCAUAUUCUAAUGGAUAGUAGGCUCCACAGCAGAGCACCAAAUGCAAGAGGAUGGCUACAUCUAGAGAGUAAGCUAUUAUUUUAAGUUACUAGAACUAGUUUUCAAUUAAGUAACAUUUAAAAAAUUCUAGUAGAUACUAAGAAUGAUAUAUCAAAUACCCAUGUGCUUGAUUUUAUAACUGUUGUCAUUUUAUUACAUUAAUUUAAAAUGUUUAUUUCAACCAGUAAAAUAUUAAAUAUGAAUUCCACGCCCUCCUUUCUAAGAUAAACACUCAAGUUGUUGAGAAGUGUUCCUACCCAUUAAAAAAAAAUUAAUCCAUGUAUGCAGAGUUUUGUGUGUUUUUUAAAAUGUACAGAAAUUUUAGAACUUUCUCUUAUUUUCUUUUCCACUCAACAACAUGUUUUGAGAUUUAUUAUGUUGGUGCAAUCUGUUAUUAUUUAUGCUAAAUGGUUUCUUGGGUCACUUAAUGUGUAUAUAAAUCAGCUAAAUUGGUUUUGUUACUGCAUAUUAAGCUCUUAUAUGACUGUAUUGCAUCGUUUUUGACCAUCUAUCUACUUGUGGUCAUCUUAAAAAUUCACUUUAACCAUAAUGCAGCAGUGACAGGAUGCAUGCUGACCAAGCAGGUUUGGGGCUCUCCUUGGGGCACCCCAGGGAGUGGGACCACCAUUCAGCCACUUGUGCAGCUUCAGCGCUGGUGGGGCCACCACACAUGACUUAUAAUCUCAGUUUUACGCUCCGAAGUGGUUGAACCAGCACACCUUCCUUCAGUGGUGUAUAUGGUUGUUCAUUUUCCCUCAGCACUUGGGGUUGAAUCUUAAAUAUUUUCAUUUUGAUAUAUGUGAAAGGUGAUCUUCCCACCAUUUCACUUGGUUGAUCUCUGAUUUCUAAUGAGGUUGAAAUAUUUUAAUAUCCCUGGUAAUCAUCCAGCAUCCAGGUUUUCAUCUCUAUGCCUUGCUUUUUUUUUUUUUUUUUUCCUGGAGCAACCAACCAGAGGGCUCUUUUGAGGAGCCACAGCCAAGCCACUGGAACCCCCUGACCUCAACAUCUCAUGCUUCCUACUUCCUGCCUCUAUCUCCCCUUGGCCAAACUCAACUGGAAGUCAGAGGGUGCCUAUGGAUGUGAUCUAUAGAAGUAAGAGGACAGAGAGCCCAUUGAAACAGACUGUAGAGGCUAUAGGGUAAGGGUUCCCAUUGGUCCAGCCCAUUGAAGUCAUUGGUCUUUCAAGACACACCAGGUAGUAAUAGAAGGAAUGCUGACAUGGAGAGACACAUGGAAAGAAGCCAGCAUGGGGGCAAGGGUGGAGGCAACAAGAUCAAUAGGAGGCUAUCAGGAGUCUAAUGGAAUACCACAAGUGAGAGGUGAUGUUGGUUAGGAUGGUGGAGGUACUCAGUUCUGGAUAUUUGUGAAAGGCUUGGUUGGAAUUUGCUGAUGGAUUGGCCAUGGAGAGUAAGUGGAGAAGAGUUGAGGAUGACUUCAAGUUUUGUGGGAUUUGGAGGUAAUUCUCUCUCUUAGUUUUCUCUAAUGCUCUCAUCUUCUACAUGGAGCAUCUGGCAUUCAGUAGACUUUGUCACCUUGAUUACAUCCACUUCUCAUCAAGAGGAGAAUCCUUUCUGUCUUGCAUUUCAGAGCUCCUAUAGAUUUGACCCCAUAUGCUUUCUUUAGUCAUUUAUUUGGAUUUAGGAAGGAAGAAAAGGCAAACAUUUGAGCUCCUUGGAAUCCAAGUUUAAAACUUGAUAUUAUUUUAAAUAGUUAUUAGAUUCAUCUCGUAUAGAAAAUUUGGAACUUCCAAAAGUAUUAAGUCACUUAAAAUCAACUAUAAAUACCAUUAUGUAAAGUUUACCACUGUCAAUACAUUGUUAUUUAUACUAACUUUUCUAUAUUUUAUAUUUGUAUAUUUGUGUUGUUGAAAUCAUACUCUAUACUGUUGCCUAACUUAGAUUUUCAUUUAAUAAUAAAUUUUAAGAAUUUCUCAACUGCAAAAUUAUGUGAGAGCACUAUAUAGUGAAACUAUGAUUUCAUUUAAUUGUGUUCCACAUUUAACUUUAGUCUAUCCCUGAGAAUUGGUUAAGUUUUCCUAACUUUUAGUUAUUAUGAGCAGUGCUUUAAUAAAUAUUGUUCUUUGUUUCUAUUUGUGUGAUUAUUGUUUCCUUGUAGGCAAAGUUCCUGGAAGUUGAAUCACUCAAUAUUUUUUCACUUCUUAAAGAUUUUUAAUAUACAUUGUUCACAUGUCCUCCAGGAUUGAUCCUAAUAAUUGGGUUUUCAAUUCCUCUGUUUCCUGAUUAUUUCCUGUCUACUUUGGCUGAUCCAGAAGUUAAGCAAUUAGUCUACCCUCUGAUAAGCCCACUCCCUUCCCUUCCUACUAUUGCCAAGAAACACCUGAACCUUUCCCAGACACCCCUCUAGCCAGAAUGAAUCUCUGGACUGGCCUUAGUUCUCCAGUGGCCUGUCUGGAUUGCUGGUAGCUUGGUCUUAUUUUCUUCCUCAGGCUGAUCCCUCCGUAUUUGUAUCUUACACAACUUCAAUUCUGUUGGAUGUUUCCACUCAUGCUUCCAUUGAUGUAGUGGAGGUAUUCCUCAUUUACAUUUUUAUUCUAACUGAAAAAAAUCUUUAGGGGUGAGAAUAGGGAUAUAAGUGAACUCAUCCCAUACCAGGAGCCUGAAACCAUGCUCAUCUUCAGGCCCUGGGAAAGAGCUCUAUAUGUUCCCUCAGUUCCCUGGUUGCAAGUUUUGCUUCUAGUCUCUGGCCAGAGCUUGCCCUGCCCCACCAAGACAUUCAGGAACCUGUACUAUUCUUGCCUCUUCUGGGAAGGACUCCCUUGGCCCUCGGGGCAGAAUGCAGUCUCAGUAGGCUUGCAGGGGAGUCAGUGGCUGGAUGGGGGCCAGAGCUGGAGAUGAGCAUUUCUGAGAAUAACCAGUUUCUGGGCUCCUACCAUCCACAAUGACUUCAGAUCACAGGUGAAUUGGCAGGGGUCCAUCCUGGUGAGUGAGACUGGCUUCUCUGCCAUCCGGUCUCAGGUCAAAGGGCUCCAGGAACUGCAGGGGCAUGGCUGGCUCAGGCUGCCUUUAG